GAGCAGAGCUCUCAUCAGUCCAGCUCCCUGAGGGCUUGCCACCUGCCUGCUCACCUUCUCCAGCAUCCUGUGCUCCCUGCCGCCUGAACCAUGAUCAAGAAGGUCCUCUUCUUCUCUACCUGGUUUGUCCUGGCUGGGACUUUCCCCUUAAUACUCCCAAACAUCGACUAUCAUGCAGACAUGUUCAAGGACUCAGAGCUACAACCUGAACUAAAUUCAAUCAUUGACCCAGAAUCACCCACUGCCCUGGACCUCGCUGAUGCUUCAGAGUCACUCACUAACAAGGACCUCGCUGAUGCUUUAGAGUCACUCACUAACAAGGACCUCGCUGAUGCUUUAGAGUCACUCACUAACAAGGACCUCGCUGAUGCUUUAGAGUCACUCACUAACAAGGACCUCGCUGAUGCUUUAGAGUCACUCACUAACAAGGACCUCGCUGAUGCUUCAGAGUCACUCACUAACAAGGACCUCGCUGAUGCUUUAGAGCCAUUCACUAACAAGGACCUCACUGAUGCUUUAGAGUCACUCACUAACAAGGACCUCGCUGAUGCUUUAGAGCCAUUCACUAACAAGGACCUCACUGAUGCUGUAGAGCCAUCCACUGCCCUGGACCUCACUGGUGCUGUAGAGCCAUCCACUGCCCUGGACCUCACUGGUGCUGUGGAGUCAUCCACUGCCCUGGACCUCACUGGUGCUGUAGAGCCAUCCACUGCCCUGGGCCUCACUGGUGCUGUAGAGCCAUCCACUGCCCUGGGCCUCACUGGUGCUGUAGAGCCAUCCACUGCCCUGGACCUCACUGGUGCUGUAGAGCCGUCCACUGCCCUGGACCUCACUGGUGCUGUAGAGUCGACCACUGAUGCUUAUUUGGAGAAUACACAGGCUUUGGGAUUGUCUACCGAAGUGGGGUCAACUAUCCCCAGCAUUAUGGGAGAAGCCACUGAGGCGGCCACAGAAAAUGAAGCAGAUUCUCCAUCGGCUGCAAUUUGA